UAUAUUAACAAUAAUAAAAACAAAUUGUCCCAAUGGAAUGAGCACUUUCGAGCGGUGCAAAGGUUGGCAAACCGUCGCAUUCCGCGCCCGGGAUCGGCUAAACCCUCGAUCUUAUUAUGUCUUGCUAUUUUCCCUCUCUGAAGGUUGCGUCAUCGACUGACCAUUUUUAUCUUGCAUCUCAUUCGCGUCGAUCGACGUGAGAGGACAGACGCCCCCAUGCUCUACCGCGCCGCCGCGCUCUCCGCGCGUCCUACGUCCCGCGAACGCAGCACCGAACUCAGGCCCCUACCGUUGGUGAUAUGGCACGGGCUCGGCGAUAGCUUCGAAAAUGACGGGUUGAAACAAGUGGCCGCGCUGGCGGAAGAGGUCAACCCCGGGACGUACGUGCACCUUGUGCACCUGGCCGACACGGGCAGCGGUGACCGCCAGGCAACCUUCUUGGGGAACGUGACAGAGCAGGUGGCAGCUGUGUGUGAGCAGCUGGCUGCAGAUCCGAUCCUGAGCACUGCUCCGGCCGUGAACGCUCUUGGCUUCUCGCAGGGUGGCCAGUUCCUACGGGCGUACGUCGAGCGGUGCAACUCGCCGCCGGUCCGCAACCUCGUCACCUUCGGCAGCCAGCACAACGGGAUCGCCGAAUUUCAGGACUGCGGUCUGACGGACUGGGCGUGCCGUGCGGCGGAGGCCCUGCUGCGCUCCAACCGCUGGUCGGAUUUUGUGCAGUCGCGGCUCGUCCCCGCCCAGUACUUCCGUGACCCGGCCGAGCUGGACGCGUACCUGGAGCACAGCAACUUCCUGGCCGACAUCAACAACGAGAGGGAGGAGAAGAACGAGAUGUACCGCGCUAACCUCAUCUCGCUCAACCGGUUCUCCAUGUUCAUGUUCGCCGACGACACAAUGGUCAACCCGAAGGAGAGCGCGUGGUUUGCCGAGGUGAACGCCACAACGGGCGAGGUGACGCCUCUCCACGAACGGCCCAUCUAUACGGAAGACUGGCUGGGUCUCAAGGCCCUCGAUGAACAGGGGAAGCUCGAUUUCAAGACCGUUCCGGGCGCCCACAUGCAUUUGACCGAUGACUGCUUGGUCGACACUUUCAACGAGUAUUUUGGGCCCGUCGACGUCGACGUCGAGGUGGACGCUCAUGCUCCGGCUCUUCUGGUCCAGCAAGCUGGCUUGUAGGAUAUGUAUUGUGGUCUAUUUCGCUCAUUUAACAUCUAAAUGCAACCCUGUAGCUUUUUUCCACAGGUAUAGUUGAUUAUAUGUAGAACAAAGUCUACAGAAAAUGGUAUCUAGAUCCUACAGUAAAGAAGCAGAGGCAUCAGGGAGAAAAGAAAUUGUGUUGAUUAAUUAAUGAAUGAUAUCUUUAAGAGACAUUGUUUACAAAGAACAGUACAAAUGAAUAAUAAAAAACUAA